AUGUUCAAGCAAUGCGAUGAAACGCAAAUUUCAUUGAAUGAAUUUAAACAAACAGAAAUUGUUAGCGACCUUUCUGAAAAUCACUCUGAACAACAACAAGGAAGAAUAUCAUCGCAACAAUAUGAAAAAUCCAGCACAAAUGUGAUGAUGAUUGAUAAGGAUUUAUUAUGCAUUGAGUUCAGCUCGUUGCAGAGAAAUCAUCAUCAAAUGGAUACUCAUCAUAGACAAGUUUUGUUGAAUCAUUUAAAGCUAGCCUAUGAGUUUUCCGAUCGAUAUAUUCGUUCCUCGCUGGGUCCCUAUAGUAGAGAUAAAUUAAUUAUUAAAGGAGAUUUACAAGGGACUAUCAUGGUCACCAAUGAUGGUAGAACUUUAAUGGAGCAAAUGUUUAAGCUGAGAAGCAUGAAUGAAAAUCGAGAACAACAUCCAAUACAUACACUAUUGUAUCAUUUAUCGAAAAAUCAAGACACCACCAUUGGUGAUGGAACAACUAGUGUGGCGGUGUUGUGUGGAGAAUUGUGUAAACUCACUAUUGAGCUUAUUGAAAAAUGGAAUUUAAGUAUUGAUAGCAUCAUGAAGGGUUAUUACAAGACGUGUGAAUAUGUUCUGAAUGAAUGGUUGAGCCUUUUCGAGAGUACAAACUCUUCUCCACAAGUACGACUUGAGAAGGCAUCUCGAUUUUUCAAUUUGAAAAAGAUACGCUUCAAAGGUCAAAAAGAAAUAGAGUUAAUUGUCGCCAAGUCAAGUCUUCUCUCAAAGCAAGUGAAAACAAUGCGUGAGAAAUUAGCAUCCAUUGCAGUUUCAGCAGUACAUGUGACAAAUGGCAAUUUAAGCUUUGUCAAAAUAGAUCCGCUCAUCACAAGAAAAGGGCAACAAGCUACUACUUUCUUCGAUCAAGAAUUGAGCCAUACAGGUGCAGAUGCAGAAAUUAUCGAAGGAGGUAUUUGCAUUACAGGAAAAAGCUUAUCCUCAAAUUUGAACAUGCCAUCAUUUAGGAAGAAUUGCAGAGUGGCUUUAUUUUCUUGUCCUAUUGAAACUCCUCGACUCAAGACAAGACAUUUCAUCAAUAUUCAUAGAGCGGAACAAUUGGAAGAGUUUGAAAGAGUGGAAAAUUCAUAUUUUGAACAGGUCACGCAAAAACUUGAAGAGUUACACAUUGACAUUGUAAUUUCUCAGUGGGGAUUCGAUAAUCGAUUCAGCGACUAUCUAGUCGACAGAAAUUUAAUUGGAAUUCGAUGGGUAAGCGCUGAAGAUUUGGAUCGCAUUGCUCUUGCUUCUCAGUCCACCAUAUGUGCUCGAGUGAACGAUUUGAAUGAACAAAUGAUUGGUUUUGUUGGCACUUUCCAAUACGAUGAGGAAGAAAAGACCAUCAUUUUAAGUGAUUGUAAGGAGUCAAGAGUUUGCUCUAUUAUUGUGCGAGCUCCCAAUGAAUAUCAAGCGGAGGAAACUGCUCGCUCACUCAAUGAUGCUCUUAUGAACGUCAAUUCUAUGUUUGCCAUGCUCAAGGCAAACAAAUGUAGCAACAGCACUCCAUCAGAAGCGCAAGCAACAACACCUCUUGUGAUUCCUCCACUCGUCUAUGGAGGUGGUUGUUUUGAGACAGAACUGUAUUCCGUCAUUAUGGAAAAUCUACACAACAUUUGCAACAAUUCGAGGAAUGAUUUGACACUUCAGACCAUUGCCAAGCAGUGGGCCAAGAGCUUGCUUGUUAUUCCUGCGACAUUUGCUCAAAAUGCAGGAUUAAGUCCAGUUGAAACAGUUCAAACACUCAUUGACAAGCACAAAGAAGGAGGAGAGAGUCGAUAUUUUGGGCUGUAUGCACAAACAUUUUCGGAUGGAGAAACUGGUGUGACUGAAGAUCUGUAUCAUCAAACCUCGUCGAAAAUGAGCAACUUUUUACUUCGACUCGAGAACAUGAGUGACACUGAAGUUAUUGAGAAUGUCUUGAUCAAAAAGAACAUUAUAAGACUUGCAACAGAAAUGGUCAACAUGAUCCUCAAAAUUGAUGAUGUCAUUUAUUAUUGA